AUGUCACACUCCAGUUUGAUCAAACAUAAAUUUGAGAAGCUAGACACUCGAUUCAGUGAAGCCGCAAACAUUUUCCCGUUUCUGGCGCCCCUCAAGGGGCGUUUGUACACGCUUCGAGUCAGCACAACGCCUCAUUCACCGGUCGAGGUUUAUUUCAGCGAAGCGAGUGAUGUGCACUGUGCGCAGCCCACGGCUAAGCUGCUUCCGGACGCGGGGCGCAUCCCGAACGUUAGCACUGCUGCAGCUGCAGCGGCGGCACCCAGGAAAUCGAAGCCAACCAGAAGCGGCCAGGCACCAUCAAAAUCACCGGACGACCGAACAGCUUCACGCUCCUCCAACAAUUAUUCGCCAUCGUCAAAUGCCAGUCGCUCGCCGCGACCAAAAAGUAAGAUGAGCAGCAGUAGCAGUUGUCGCAGCAGCAGAUCACCGCAGUCAUUGUCCGAGAAGAUGCCGACUGUGCUGGACGCGGAAACAAUAGCAGCCGCCGCCUCGAAGCGUCAGAGUCGCAAGGGCCUGGAUGUGUCGCCAGCAAUGCUCGAAUUCUUCGGGAUGAAAGCAGCAUCAGCAGCAGCGGUGGGCCCGCACGCCUGCUUUCAGGUUAUCGAAAAACGCGCGCCUCGGCAAAACAUCACCGGUCGCUAUGCGCCGAACAACGAGUCGGCAGUGGCCGCGGCCCAAGGCAAACAGCGCAAUGGGAGCAAAGAGGAGAGAGGGCUGUUCGAGCCAGGACCAGAGCACGUCGCGGAGCCGGACGCAGCACAGGACAGCAAUGGGUACGCGCAUGGCGAGGGUCCGGUGUGCGUGGAGGAAGAGGGCGAGAGAGGCGAGGAACCAGCCAGACGGCUACUGAAGAACGGCCGGCGUGGAAUGCAGCCGGAUGAGCCCGGCCCAGAGCAGGUGGCGAAGAACAUCGACAUUCCACCGGGAACGCACGUCAUCGAUGGAACCGGCAAAGCACUUAUGCCGGCUGGUAUUGACAUACAUAACGACUUUUCCUGGGCAGAUUCCACGUCUGACCUCGAAGCGCAUUCAAGGGCUGCAUUGGCCGGUGGAACUGCCACGAUUAUCGGCGUGCUCGAAGCAGCAGGAGCGAACGAAACACUGUUAGCUGCUUACGAUCGCCUCAGCAAAGCAGCAACUUCGAAAUCGUGUUGCAAUAUUGCAUUCAGUGCCGUUGUUUCGGAAUGGAACGAAUCGACGAAGAAAGACAUGGAUGUGCUUGUCCAUAAAAAGGGCGUCAACAGUUUUCUCAUUAAUAUCCAGCGAGAUGAGCAACUUUUUGAGGUUUUUGAUUAUUGCCGAAAUCUUCGUGUUCUCGCUCGUUUUGUUCCAGAGAACAGAAGUAUCAUAUCGAUGCUGGAGAAUCGCUUACGUGCUUGUGGUAUCAAAGGGGCCCAGUGCUUUCUGCUUUCGAGACCCCAAGCAGACAGUUUGUAUGAAAUCGUGGAUGUCAAAAAUUUGUGUUAUUUACGAAUAUGGGUUCCGUCGUGGGACCAUCUCGAAAAUGAACCAUUUGGGGAAUCUGAGGCUAAGGUGAAUAAUGAUGAGCUGAAAAAUGUAGAGGAAGCGGACAUAACUCGUACUGUGUGUGGAUUAGCAGCAAGGUUUGACGUUACUAUUCCAACAGUAUUGGACCACUUGAAUUAA